AUUUUCACACGACACGUUUUGCGCGCUUACUGCAACCGGCUCGCAUUCACCGCUAUCGCGCAGUUCGCACGCUUUCGUGUAUAGUCGUAAGUUAAGUACUUAGCCGUGCUCUUGAGAUUACUUAGACUCAGUGCUUGCAUACCGAAAUAUGAAUAUAGUUCUAGUCCUAAAUGUAUUAGACGCGUGUAAGUGACGAUUAAAUAUUCGACCGGUUGAGCGAUUUGUGGUGAAAGGAAAUGUAUUUGCGAAAAAAAAUUAAAUGUCUACAAUUGAGAAAGUGAAAAACUAAGGUUUGUGCGAAAAGCAAAAAUCGACUAGCAUUUGAUAUAAAAAGAGGAUUUGGGAGUUGAAAUCUCUGUGAACAAAUAUAUAAAAAAAAAAUACGAAACAAAUUAAAUGCCUGCGAAUUACAAUUUGAAAAACUAAGUUCUCCAUGACCUCCACAUUAAAACAGAGCCCAUAUAGUGGCGCUCUUUGUAUCAAAAUGCUGAAGCGUGACUUUCCCGUGCUUAUUUUAUCUCUGCUCAUCCUGACUGGCUUCUUCAUCUGCAUGAAAAUUGCCUUUAACGCCAGUAUUGCCAUACAGGAGGACAUCAAAUCAAAAGCCAUGGGCAGUGUGCAGACGUUGAAUAGUUCUGAUGUUGAAGUCUUUUUCGGCGAUGAGCUUUUCGAAAAAGAAUUGCAACACCGUAAAUUAGACGAACCGAAAGACAGUCGUGAACUUAAAGUGUUGACCGAAGCACCUACAUUGGGGGAACGCUUGAAGAAAUUGUUAAAGUGUACAGAUCGGCCUUUGCAGUUGGAGAAGAUACAAUACGGGAAAUAUUGGUUGGUGCGUAAUUACAUACGCGGCCAGAGCAGCAAGACGAUGGGUUGUGCCGACACCAUUACAUUGACCACAAAUGGCGAUUUUACCUUCUUUGAUAGUUUGCCUCUCUUGGUAGAGCGUUGGCUGGCACCCGUCAGUUUUGCUCUCUUCGCGCCCGGUUACGACUUCGAUGCCACCAUGAGUUGCAUUCAAUAUGUGCGUAAUUGCCUACCGGAAAGCCAAUAUAUUCGAGAUUAUGUCACCUUUCACAUUUACUUUCCCGCUGAUCACAUGCCAAAGCACAUACCGUUGAAUGAAAAGGAAGCACUGCUAUGGCCUUACAACUGCGAUGACGCGCCACCUUAUGAAGACGUCAAUUCUACCGCAAUGUAUAGGACGGUACACAAUAUGACUUAUCCCAUAAAUGUUGGACGUAAUAUAGCACGCAAAGCAGCCAAUACCCAUUUCAUAUUCGCCUCAGAUAUUGAAUUAAGCCCAACGCCUAAUUUACCGCGGCUCUUUCUCGAAAUGGUUGAAAGCAACCGAAGCGUAUAUUUGGAUGCCAAGGGGAAGCGCGUCUAUGUACUGCCGGUUUUUGAAGUGACCAAAGAUAGUUCAGUUCCCGAAGAUAAAACAAAUUUGGUAGAAAUGUUGCACAAUAAAACAGCGAUACCCUUCCAUUCGAAAAUAUGUACAAAUUGCCAUUUGGUGCCAAUGCAUAAACAAUGGGAGAAUUCCACAGACGCACAAGAGCUAACAGUUUUUUCGCAAGCAAAGCGUGAAAGAAAAUUUGCUUUUUGGGAGCCGUUCUAUAUAAGCGAUAAUCAAGAGCCCAUGUUCGAUGAGCGUGUCACAUGGGAGGGCCAAUCGAAUAAGCGCAUACAGGGCUAUGCCAUGUGCUUGCUAGAAUAUGAUUACUUAGUGCUGCAUCCAGCGUUUUUAGUUCACACGCCGGGCAUAAAAUAUUUCGAUGCCAAGGCCACUCGGCUCAAAUAUGUGCCGGCCAUGAAUAAACUUAUUAAGAAAGUAAUAGAGCCAGAAUAUCGAAUUUUAUAUGGAAUGAAUAGAAGGUGUCGAACGUGAUAUUUAUUACAAGACAUGUAAACGUGUGCUUAAGCUAUCCACGCUAUCCACUGUUAUUUCGUAUACCAAUUUUUUGUAAUCCAAGUAGUUUAAGUUAAGUUACUAUGCUACAGAUAGUAGUUAUGUAUGUGUAUAUAUAUGUUUAUAUGUAAAAUGUAUAUUAGUAAUUAAAAAAAGUAUUGUAGUUUAAUGUAGAUAUAGAAAUAAAUGAAUAAAGAAAAAUAUU